GUUUGGUCCUAGCAGCGACGACGUUAAUCUUCCUCUGGAACUGUGUUCCAUGGGGCUGUGCAAAGCCUGGGAACAGUGAGGGCAUUAGGACCAGGAACGAGGCGUACGCCUGGCUCGCGCUGUGUCUGGCAGAGGGCUCUCGGCUGAGCGCGGAGCUAUGUGUGAAAGGAAAUCAGGCACUGCUUGCCGGCUUCUCAUCUGUUGAUCUGACCUGACUUGAAACGUCCAAAGGACGACAGCUGUCGGCUCUGCUGGACGGAGGACCCACCAGCUCCCCCUGACAUCGCAUAGCAACCUGACCACUCAUGCAAGGGGGGAAACGAAUCACAUGGGACUAAACACCUGAGCAGAAUGGAAUAACUGUUUUCCCAAGGAGAAAAAGAGGGUAAAAGGGGGCAAUCAAUUUAAUUUGAAGUCCCUGUGAAUGGGCUUUCAGAAGGCAAUUAAAGAAAUCCUCUCAGAGAGGACCUGGGGUGGGACUUGGGUCCUGUGGCUUUCUGAUUGUAAAUGGAGGCUGGCCUUACACACGCUGUUGGCAAAUGUCAGAUGGGAUAAAAGGAGCAGGUUAAGUGACUGUCAAAAAACUUCCAGGCAGAACCAGGAACCCAGGUUCUGCUGCAAGCUGGAGGGAACCUGGAGCAGGAGGAGAAAGCGAACUUGAACAUGACCUGUUGCAUUUGGCAAGUUCCAGCAACAUGCUCCUAAGGAAGCGAUGCAAGCAUGGACCAUGCAGACUGCACUUCCUGCUGCCCUUGCUGAUGCUGGGAUGCGUCCUGCUGAUGGUGGCCAUGCUGCCCCCUCCCCCGCACGCCCCGCACCAGGCUGUCACAGCCCAGGCCGCCCAGCACAGCCCUGAAGCUGGGUACCGCCUGGACUUCGGGGAAUCCCAGGAAUGGGUGCUGGAGUCUGAGGAUGAGGACCAAGAAUACGGUCCCCUGGAGGGCCUGCCACCUUUUAUCUCACUGCGGGAGGAUCAACUCCUGGUGGCCGUGGCCUCUCCCAGGGUCAGAAGGAACCAGAGCCAGGUCAGGAGAGGUGGCAGCUACAGGUUCAUCAAGCAGUCGAGCAGGAGGCUGGACCAGGAGGCCCCGGAGAAGGACUGGGGGGCAGAGGAGGAGGACGAGGAGGUAUCUGAGGAAGAUGAGCUGCUGACCACACGCCGCCUGGAGGAGGCACUCAGCGUCCACAUCCCCCUGCAGAGGGCGCUGCCCGAGGUACGGCAUCCGCUGUGCCUGCAGCAGCAGCCUGAGGAGAGCCUGCCCACGGCUAGCAUCAUCCUCUGUUUCCACGACGAGGCCUGGUCCACCCUCCUGCGAACCGUGCACAGCAUCCUCGACACAGCGCCCAGGGCCUUCCUGAAGGAGAUCAUCCUCGUGGACGACCUCAGCCAGCAAGGACAGCUCAAGACGGCUCUCAGCGAAUAUGUGGCCAGGCUGGAGGGAGUGAAACUGCUCAGGAGCAACAAGAGGCUGGGCGCCAUCAGGGCCCGGAUGUUGGGAGCCACCAGGGCCACUGGGGAUGUGCUGGUCUUCAUGGACUCCCACUGCGAGUGCCACCCGGGCUGGCUGGAGCCCCUCCUCAGCAGAAUAGCUGGUGACAGGAGCCGGGUGGUGUCUCCAGUCAUAGACGUGAUUGACUGGAAGACUUUCCAGUAUUACCCUGCCCAGGACCUGCAGCGGGGUGUGUUGGACUGGAAGCUGGAUUCCCGCUGGGAGGCUUUGCCGGAGAGUGAGAGGAAGGCCCGCGAGUCUCCCAUCAGCCCCAUCAGGAGCCCUGUGUUGCCCGGUGGGGUCGUGGCCGUGGACAGGCAUUACUUCCAAAACACUGGAGCGUAUGACCCGCUCAUGUCACUGCGGGGUGGUGAAAGCCUCGAACUGUCUCUCAAGACCUGGCUUUGCGGUGGCUCAGUUGAAAUCCUUCCCUGCUCUCGGGUGGGGCACAUCUACCGAAAUCAGGACACUAACUCCCCACUGGACCAGGAGGCCACCCUGCUGAACAAGGUUCGCAUCUCUGAGACCUGGCUGGGCUCGUUCAAAGAAACCUUCUACAAGCACAACCCAAAGGCCUUCUCCUUGAGCAAGGCUGAGAAGCCAGACUGCACAGAACGCCUGCAGCUGCAAAGGAGGCUGGGCUGUCGAACGUUCCACUGGUUUCUGGCCAAUGUCUACCCUGAGCUGUACCCAUCUGAACACAGGCCCAGGUUCUCUGGAAAGCUCCACAACACCGGACUGGGCUUCUGUGCAGACUGCCAGGCAGAAGAAGACCUCCCGGGCUGUGCCAUGAUGCUGGCUCCUUGCAGCAACAGCCGGCGGCAACAGCACCUGGAGCACACCGGCAGGAAGGAGAUCCGCUUUGGCAGCCCGCAACACCUGUGCUUCGAUGUCACGCAAGAGCAGGUGAUUCUUCAGAACUGCACCGGGGAAGGCCUCGCCAUCCAUCAGCAGCACUGGGAUUUCCAGGAGAACGGAAUGAUUGUUCACAUUGUUUCUGGGAAAUGCAUGGAAGCUGUGGUGCAGGAAAACAACAAAGAUUUGCACUUGCGCCAGUGUGAUGGAAAAGCCAGCCAGCUGUGGCACUUUGACAAUGUCAAGGCUGUGGAUGAACGAUGAAUGCCAGUGUCAGAAGGAAAAGAGAAGUUUGGGCCCUCACAGUUCAACCCCAAGAGAACUAAGAAAGCAGGUGUAUUUCAUGAGUCGGCCCCUCUGCGUUUGUACUCCUUCUGAUUGUAGAGAAGAAAGCUCCAUGAACGAGUAUAGGAAGUGUUUUCCAUCUCGCGCCUAUAUCAUUGACUGCUGGCUGUUUUAGAAAAGAAAAAGAAAAAAAUUGAUUCAUUGUCUUCAUCACUGGUAGAUGAGCAUUACCUAGUACAGAAGAUUCUUCGUUUUCUUCCAUUGAGCAUUGAGCAUGUAAUAAUUGCUUUUAAUCUCUGAUUUAGAAAAGAGGCCUGGACAUUCUCUGGUAGCACUUCCAGAAUACAUAAAUCCAAUUCAUCAGCUUAUUUGAAAUGGCCUUGCCUUAGAUAGUCUGUGUAACCAACUAUGAAAAUUCAAGUAUAAAGACAGCAUUAAGGCCUGGCAUACCAAAACCUUUGGCCUAGAUUUAUUAGAACAAAUUCCAUGUUUCACUGGUUAAGCUGUAGCUCAGAAGAAGGAAGGAAAACUACUGAGAGAAGAUUGUAGAGAGCUUUGGGCCAACUCUGCAGCUCAGCCUAGUAGCUCAAAAGAGUCACAUUAUAGAAUGUUUUCACAUUAAUGAGAAUUUCUUCAGAACUUUCUACCUCCAUUCGUCCUGUCCUAGCCCUUCUGUACUUUGGUUAACCACAACCAGAUUCUCAUGCAAUAUAGUGGGUACUUCUCCUUAUUAUUGGUUUUAUUAUUGGAAGGGUCAGCCCAGACUGAGGAUUCCCAUUAACAGAAGUGCAUACACUCAAGAAACUCUCCGGAGGCCCUGUUACAGGGUUUGCAUUGACUGGAUCAGAAAUAACAACCUUUUCAAAGAGACAAACCUUCCUGAGGAGAAAUGCCAACCUCUGAGCCAAAAUUCAUAAGAGAGGAACCAGGGUUGGGUGUUAAUGUUCAUGAGGGCUGACGGGGCCAUUUCUGAGCCUGUAGGAGCUGUCUGGGGCCCCCAUUGUGCCCACAGGUUGAACAUUCACAACUGUGGCAAGAACACACCUCCACUAGAGCAGAACCAAGCCAGCAAGAGCUGACUGGCUCUCCUUGUCAUGGCCUGGGCUAGUCUGACAAUCAGAGUUGCUGAGCAGGAUUGGUUCUGCUAUUCAGAAGACACCAUUCAUGCCCAUUUCUCCUCCAGAUGGAGUUCACUCUUCACAUGCUCAGCAUAGAAACCUCUCCUCAAAGAUGCUGGUCUCCCUUGGGCUCUUUCAGAAUGCAGUGUGUUUCAAACUAGGAAAACUGGGUAGGAAGUGAGGGUUUCCCGGCAAUAGCUAUCAUAUAUACGCAUUCCUUUUCCACCUACUUAAGGCAAUGACUCACUGUGUUUCCCCUUUCUCAGAAGACACGCUCUAGACCUGUGCUAGUAGCCACUAGCCACAUGUGGCUAUCUAAAUGUAAAUGUACUAAAAGGAAAGACAAUGUAAACUCGGUUCCUCAGUUGUACUGCUCAUAUUUCAACUGCUCGAUAGUCACAUGUGGCUAGGGGCUACUGUAUUAGACAACACAGAUACAGAACAUUUUAUCAUUGCAAACAGUUCUAUUAGAUAGCACUGAUCUAGAUAGAUACAUCAGCCCAUCAAGGAAGAAAUUUCAGCCACUGUCUUCUUCCUUCAGAUUUGUAUAUAUUUAAAACGAAUUCCUCUAAUGUCCUGAGGUGAAGAUAAAGCUAAUAAUUCUCAGAUGGCAAUCUUGUAAAGGGUAUUAACGGUUAAAAAAUAAAAAUUAAACAAGACCUCUAUUUUUUUAAAUGAACUUUAUUAUUGGCAUUGUGGGUAUUUGAUGUUGCUGGAAUAAAUUAAUAUAAUUAAAUAAAAGGCUGAAU